GAAAUGAUGAGAGUGCUAGGUUAUCCGAGGUUAAUUUCCCUUGCGAAUUUUCGCAUGCCGAAUUUUCCUCUGGUUGCGGAGAUUCUAGUUUGGCUGGUGAAACGAUUCGAUCCAGAUAUUGAUAUAUUUAGCGAUCACGAUACUGAGGAACAACGUGUAACAUUGAUACGUAGUGUCGCUGAAUUUAUGGCAUUGAAGACAAAUAUAAAAUUAAAUACGAAAAAACUAUAUCAAGCCGACGGUUAUGCAGUAAAAGAGAUGUUGAAGAUAGCCACGCUGUUGUAUGACGCACAGAACAGUAGCAAUACUGAGCAGAGUCAAUCGAGCAGUAAUCAGAACGCAGUAAAUUUCGACAUUUCCAAUAAAAUUAACGAGCUGAAAACAACUCGGCAGUUAGCGAGCCAAUUAACCAUCAAUGGAGCGGCCCUCUUCGACUUACUCGGCCGAGAAGUGGAACUUCGUGAGAUUCGCAAUACUAAAAUUGCGAGGCAAUUCGACACUUCCGAAAUAGAAGUAGCUCUAAAAGAUGUUAUCGAAAACACGCGCAAAGAGAUUAGUGAAACCAAGAAGCAAAUCGACAAUGUUAAAGAUACAGAACAAAACUUGGAUGCAAGAAUUGAGAGGCGGAAAACGGAACUGGAUCGAAAUCAAAAGAGACUUCAUACGUUGAAGAAAGUCCGUCCAGCAUUCAUGGAGGAGUUCGAGAAACUCGAAAUCGAGUUUAGAGCUUUGUAUGAUAAUUAUUUACAGAAAUUCCGGUAUCUUGCGUAUCUGGAACACUUAUAUGAAGAUGCGGCUAAAGUGGAACAGGAAAGAUUCGAAAGACGGCAAGCUGCAACGAAAAAACAAUUGGAACAACUGAGAGCUGAGGAUACGAAUUUCGAAAGUAUGAUGGAAGGGAACGAUUCUAUAUUUGCUACGAAUCUUCAAGAACCUCUAGUUACCCCCCUUACAAAUCCGGAAGCCACAGCGGCAGAAAAAUCUGGUCAAUCCAGCCACAUCAAAUCAACUACUGGAAGAGCGUCAAAGAUGCAAUAUACUCAGCGACGUAUUUACGGUAGCAUGUCUGGACGGCAAAGGGGUACGAUUCCUGAAAACGAUAGUGAUGGUUCACUGGAUAGCGAUAGUGAUUUAUUAAUUGACGGAGAUCUUGACGAUGAUGACGAUGAAGAUCUUUUAAAUUCCGUGGGUGCGACAAAUAUGGGCGACUAUGAUCUCAAAGCUGCUCAAGAAAAACGAGCCGUCAGUAAGAUAGAAAGGCAUUCGGAUGAUGACUUUUAA